AUGUUUGCUCGUGUUGCUCGACAGGCCGCCCCUUCGGCUCGUGCCAUGCGUCUGGGAGGUGUUCGUAACAACUCGUCGCUUCCCAUUCCGCCCAAGAUCGCCACGCCCAAGUCGGCGCAGGGUCCCGGAGGCUCUUCCGAGCGCAUGGAGAGCGUCGUCGGCUUCUACAAGGCCCUCCCCAAGGGCGAGGCCCCCCAGAAGCGUGGCGGUGGAAUCAAGGCUCGCUACUUUGACGGAAACAACGCCUCGGGAAAGCCUAUUGUGGCUACCCUCUUCACCCUCUUCCUCAUCGGUUACUCGAUCGACUACGCCACCCACCUCCGUCACCACAAGAACAACCACCACUAA